UCUUCCGUUUUAGUUUCUUUGGUUUUUCCUCCAAGAACAUAAAUGUCUCUGCUUCUCAACCAGCCCUCGCAGCUCUGCCUUCGUAAACCGGUGUUGGUAGUAAGAGCCUCUGCGCAUACAUCUAAUGGCUCCUCCUCAUCUUCCUUGCUGCAAAUUCCUCCAUGUUUCAUUGCCGGCGCUGAUCCUUGUGGAGCAGGUCUCGGAAAACUCAAAAUUUUCUAUGCUACCGGUGAACACAGUAGUUAUGAUCAUUUGGUAAAAAAGGCGCCUAUGGAGUUGGUGUAUAACGAUAUUAAUAACCCAUGGCUGGCUAGCUUCUCUGAAGAAGAAGGUGAAAACCGAGACGAUAUUUCUGAUGCAAUGGUAACGAUCGGUUCAUCUCAUGGCUGGGUAGCUACUUUGAAGAACGGAACUCUGCGUCUCCAAGACGAUCUAAACCCGGCUGCAUCGGAUUCAGAUCCGAAACGUAUCUCGUUGCCUCCUCUUGUAACUCUGCGUCAUUGCCAAACCGAAAUCGUCACCAACGUGGCGAUGUCCUCACCUUCUCCAGAGGAAGAGGACUGUGUUGUGGCUGCUAAGUUCUUGGGACCUCAGCUCAGCUUUUGCAGACCGGGUCAAAGCAACUCCGAGUGGACCAACGUCAGAAUCGAAAACCCCUGUUUCUUCUCCUCCCGAGUCAUGUUUUCAAAGAAACAUGACAUGUUUCGCAUAACCGGAUCUGGAGGCCACCUCAUCGGAUCAUGGGAUCUCGACAAACACAAGCACACACCCAAGCUUCAGAAGUUGCGAUAUCAAAACCUUCCCGAGCUGAGCAAGACCGAACGCCAGCUUUUGAGUUCAUGCACCACGAGCGAACACUUGGUGGAGUCACAAUCCACGGGUGAAACAUUCUUGCUUAAGUUGUACAAGAAGACCGAGAAGAUCAUGGGCGGUGUUGCCAAAAUGAAAACAGAAGGUUUAAUGGUGUUCAAGCUUGACGAAGAAGGAAAUGCGGUUUACACUAAAGACAUAGGAGAUCUCUGCAUUUUCAUCUCAAAGUCUGAACCUUUUUGUGUCCCUGCUAGCUCCGUUCCCGGCAUGAUCCCUAACAGAGUCCAUAUCUUGGACGACAAUGAAUUUUCACUCGUCAAGUUGACUGAUUCCUCCAUCGAUAGUAUUAUUAAUAGGUUCACGGUCCCUUACUAUAUUUCACCUCAAAAGUUGUACAAGUAGUUUGGAAUUGAGUUUGAGUCUAGAGUCUGUCUUUUCGAACAUCAAAUUUAUUUGCCAUUGUUGAGGAA